AUGGUUGUGUUGCGGAAUUCCUUCGGGCCGUCGUACCUGUUCACCAACGUCCGGACGUCACUCGGGAAAGCCGUGUCGGCGUUUGUGAAGGAGGGUGCUGGGGGGAAGGCAGGCGGCGUGGAGGUUAAGGGACUGGACUCGAAGGGGGAAGGGCUGGAAGACGGGGAGACCCGUCUCUGUACGGAGGUGCAAGAAGAUGGAUCUACCGAAUGGGGAGGUUUCGGCGGUAAGUUGGCGUUACCAGCCCCAGAGAUCAGCACCGCGGUGGGGGAAACGCUGCAGGCGCCAGAAAAGCCGAGGGGGAUGUUCGAGGACGUGGCCAACAACCAGGUGGUCAUGGCCGUGUACGCGAUGCCCCCCAAGGGGGAGCACGUGUGCCGCAUGCUUCCCGGGGUGGACGCGCUCCCCAAAACACUCCUGCCUCAGGACCUUGUCAGCCGCCGGCCCCCUCGGCUGAACCGCAACAUGAGCAUCGCGGAGAUGGGUUCCACAAAGUACAACCCGCAUCAGCAGCAGGGCGGACGUCACCAGGGUGGCUUCGGCGCCGGGCAGCGGAUGAUUAGGCAUCAGCUGGGAGGGGGCGGCGGCGGAGGAGGAUACCACGGGCAGUCGCAGGGGUAUGGCCACCAGCAGGGCGGAAGAGGUGGCAGGGGGGGUUACCACGGGGGCUACGAGGACAUGCAUCACAUGCACCAGCCCACGGGGAAUCGACGCUGGGGCUCUCAGGAGCCGACCCCCAAGCGGAACAGCGGGCGGGGAGGGCGCAACGGAGGAAACCAGGGCCGUAAUCACCAGGGGCGCAACAACCAGGGGCGUCAGCAGCACCAACGCCAGCACCAGCCGCACUAUCAGCACCAGCAGCAGGCGCCGCCUCCCCAGGGGUACUACGGGCAGACAGCACCGCCGCUGGUCGCGGCCCCCCCGCAGCAGCAGCAGCAACAGCCGGUAUUCUACGGGCAGCAACCGCCGCAGGCGGCGCCGGUGUACUACCAGCAGCCGGCACCCGUGGUGUCUACGGUGGCGCCUACCGCGUACUACGUGACUGCUCCCCAGCAAGCACCCCAGCCUGUGGCUGCCCACAGCUUCCAACACCCGGGGUAUGUGCAGCAGCAGCCGCAGCUGCUUCAACAGCCGCUACAGCAGCCUCCGCCGCAACAGCAGCAGCAGCAGGUCCCUCCAGGGGCAGCGGGCUUCCCCACGAUGGACUCGCUGCGCUCGAAGCUCGCCAACGCGCUCCUGCAGACGAAGGCACCCACAACGGCUGCGCCCCAGGGGGCGUUCUACGCGUACCCCCCUCAGCAGGGGGCGCCCAUCCCCCAGCAGCCGCACGCCGGAGCAGCUGUCCCAGUAACACAGCCUGCGGCAGCCGCAGGCACCGGAUACCCGGGCCAAAACAUCCGAUACGAUGAGAAGGGAAACCUCACCUGGGGAGGAGCUCCGUGGACCGGAGGUCCGCCUCGCUAGCGCGAUGGGGGGGUGCCCGCACCUGUUGGGUGUUAGCGUGUUAGCCGCGCGCGUUUGCCGUGCAGGCGGCGUUGAUUCGAGUGAGUCUUGGUUGUUCCCGAGGGAAGUGUUUGGCCUUGGGGGAGUUUUGUUUUGUUCAAGUAGGGGUCUGAGUUGAAGGGCAACGCGUCCUGGCGUGUACCCGAAGGAGUAUUUUAUUCUGACGGCAGUGUUUGACGGCCGUGUUGAUUGAAUUCCUCUCACCCUUUGGAGCUGUAGUAGGCCAGUAGGGAGGCAGCGGGUGAGAGAAGCGCACCUUGUGGUAGAGAUACCUGGCGAGCAAAAUAUGGUCUGAUUCCUUGGCCUGGAGGGGUGAGCUGGGGAGUUUGAUCGAGUGCCGCCACAAGCCCAUCCACGCCAUGCUUACAUCCCCCUUGCGGUGGAGCCUCCGAAACGCAACUCGUAGAUCCCCCAUACACAGCAGCCAAGCCCGAGGCAAUUGGCGCUUGCGGCGAUUUUCGGUUGGCAUAACUCGCGUCCUCCCGUGUAGGUAUGCAUGCGCUUCGUCAUUGCGCACACGGCGGGGAGCCUCUCAAGUACAAAUAAAGUAAAUUACAGGAAAUUCGUGUCUGUUGCCGUUUUUGUCCGUUCGAGAAGGCCGUUGGACUUGCGGGGAAGACCGUUGAAAUUGGCGGGGUAUUUUUUUUAUCAAGGGAAAGGUUUCCACCUAAUGCUAACUAACUGUUUUGUGGCGGCGGGUGGCUGUCGCGCUGUUGUCCUUUGGGUGGCGCAUCGUGGCUCUCCACACACUUUGUGGUGUGUUGGGUCGUGCACACCUGCUUACAGCACCAUC